ACGCUCGGGGCGAGGCGCUGCUCCGACUCGAUGGUGAAACGCGGAAGCGGGGCGCGGGGCGCUCUAGGCCGGCUCUGCGCUCUCUAUGGUGCGAUGGGACCGGCACCAUGUCGGCUGCGAGGGAAAAUGUCAGCUUACUGUUCAAGUUGUACUGCCUCACUGUGAUGACCCUGGUUGCUGCAACAUACACAGUAGCGCUGCGGUACACGAGGACAGUGCAGACAGAACUCUACUUUUCUACUACAGCCGUGUGCAUCACCGAAGUUAUGAAGUUAUUCUUGAGUGUGGGCAUCUUGGCUAAAGAAUCUGGAAGUCUGGCAAGGCUAAUAACAUCUCUAAAAGAAAAUGUAUUUGGAAGUCCCAAGGAAUUGCUAAAAUUAAGUGUUCCAUCUUUGGUGUAUGCUCUCCAAAACAAUAUGGCUUUCGUGGCUCUUAGCAACUUGGAUGCAGCAGUCUACCAGGUGACGUACCAGUUGAAGAUCCCCUGCACAGCUCUGUGUACAGUCCUAAUGCUAAAGCGUACCCUUAGCAAACUGCAGUGGUUCUCGGUCUUCAUGCUGUGUGGUGGUGUUACGCUCGUGCAGUGGGAGCCUGCUCAGGCUACCAAAGUACAGGUGGAGCAGAAUCCAUGGCUAGGGUUUGGAGCGAUUGCCGUAGCUGUAUUAUGUUCAGGAUUCGCAGGAGUUUAUUUUGAGAAGGUAUUAAAGAGUUCAGAUACAUCCUUGUGGGUGAGGAAUAUUCAGAUGUACUUAUCGGGGAUUGCGGUGACUUUAUUUGGUGUGUACGUGUCAGAUGGAGCCCAGGUACUCGAGAAAGGGUUUUUCUACGGCUAUACACACUACGUCUGGUUUGUCAUCUUUCUCGCCAGCGUAGGCGGCCUCUACACGUCUGUUGUCGUGAAGUACACGGAUAACAUUAUGAAAGGCUUUUCUGCAGCAGCAGCCAUUGUUCUUUCUACUGUGGCAUCGGUCAUCCUCUUUGGCCUCCAGUUAACUACUACCUUUUCUGUGGGUGCUUUCCUGGUGUGUAUUUCUAUUUACUUCUAUGGAUUACCUCGGCAAGACACCACAAAAAUCCAGCCAGCGGAGACGAAGAGCUCAAAAGAGAGACUUGAUACUGUGUGACCUUGUCUUCAAAAAUGGACAGACAAGGAAAAAAUGGACUUUCAGAACUUUAAAACUGCAUUUUAAAAAAAAUUAGCCUUAGCUAGUUGUGAAAUGGUUUAAGUGGGAUAAACUGAAACCAGAAGUUCUUUCUUUUUUACACGUGAAGUUACCUGAGGUUGCUGCUGAGGCUCCGUUACUGCCAGGAGCUGGAUGGGUAUUUCACUGAAGGCAUUACUCAGUCGUGAUGGAAAAUGAAGAGUCCCAUUUACAAGGAAAAGAGAAUGAAGGAACUGAACACUCAACUGUAUAUAAUGUACAUAACGGAGGGAAAGUGGGUUCUUAUUGUGUAUUUGAUAAACCGUCUUGCCCUUUGAGGGCAAAAAAUGCCCCAAAGCUUCAAAAAAAUCUAUUAAAAAGGGCAACUACGGCCAGCAUUUUCUCUUAAA